AUGGAUACACUAUCACAAAAGUUCUCGGGUCUUUGGAGGGAUACCAAAUCAGUAUUCAAAACCAUGCACAUCGAAAACGCACAGCCAGGCCCUGCCUUCAUCGCCGAAUGGGAUUAUCAAAUGGAAAGCUCUAGUAGUUUGGGAAGCCUUUCAUAUCCACCACCAUCUCCCGCAUUAUCAUUCGAGCAGCUUUCCAAAUAUUCUGAUCACGGUACCAGAGAUAAAAAAUUCGGAAUCGCGCCAACUACCUUCACUUGUUUUGGGGAACUUCCUACGGAGCUUAGAAUACUGAUUUGGGGCAUGGUAUGUGAGCAGCGGCGAAAUAUCAGCAUUCAGCUCAACCAAUCUUAUAAACAAGUUGAUCUUCCCCCUCACCAAAGAAGAGACGGAUACAUCUGCGCAUCAAAUACACCUCAUCCCAGUGUUUUCUAUGCAUGCAAAGAAUCGCGAGAGGAGGCUUUCAAACAUUACAGUCUCCUCUUUCAAGAGAAGCUCAUCAGCCCCAGGUUCAGUAUUAAGAUCCAGCCGAGAAUAUGGUGCAAUUUUAAGGCCGAUACUUUAUGUCUAAAGUCGUUCGGUUGGAAUGACCGAGUUUAUGAGGACUUUUUCAAUAAUAUACCCGCGAAGGAUAUGGUAAGCUCUCUCGCUUUCAACAUAGAGCCUCUUAUCAAUUGCAAUUUUGGUCGAUCUUUCCGGGAGGAGGUCGAUUUGUACAACAUUUUCCGCGUCGUGAAUGCUUAUGGAGCCCGUGGCAUCGAACUGCGGGAGAUCUUCUUAUACUAUGAUGUGGAAGAGGACCCAAUACAUCAGCCCGUGGUGUCGGAAUUCGUGGAGCUGGACUGGAACGCAAUGGACUCAAAUUCGCGAAAGAUGAAAGACUUGCAGAGGGUGCAGAAAGACUUAUUGAGAGACUUCCCUAGUUGGCCAGUUCACAGCGAGCUGUGGGCGGAGAGCCGGAUGAUUUUUUUGCGGGAAACCCAAUCGAAGUUCAAGUUGAUGGAUCUUAAGGUCAAUUAUUGA